CCAGGAAACCAGGAUAUGUGUCCGGAGAUUCACACUCACUCUGCGUGUCCCUGAGGAAGAGGGAGCAGCCACAGCCACGGGGGCCCUCUCAGACUCCGGUGGAUGUCCCCAGGCAAUCAGUCCUGAACCGAGGAGUCCGGAGACGGCCGUCACCCUUGGAGCCCCCAGCCUUGGGAGAAGCCAGCUCUGUAUCUGGAAGGUGAAGGAAGGCUGGCCAGGAGUACCCCAAACUUCAGCCAUGCCCACCAAAGCAUCACCCCUGCCUCUCACCACCACCAGCUCUGAGAACAGCAGCUCCAUCUACGACUAUGAUUACCUGGACGACGUGACUGUCUUGGUCUGCAGAAAGGAUGAAGUCCUGUCCUUUGGGAGAGUCUUUCUGCCGGUCAUCUACAGCCUGAUCUUUGUGCUGGGCUUAGCUGGGAACCUCCUCCUCCUGGUGGUACUUCUCCGCUACACACCGCGAAGAAGGAUGAUGGAGCUCUACCUGCUGAACAUGGGCAUCUCCAACCUCUUCUUUGUAGUGACGAUGCCCUUCUGGGCCAUCUCUGUGGUCUGGCAUUGGGUUUUUGGCAGUUUCAUGUGCAAGGUGGUGAGCGUUCUCUACACGAUUAACUUUUACAGCGGCAUCUUCUUUAUCACUUGCGUGAGCCUGAACAAAUACCUGGAGAUCGUUCAUGCUCAGCCUCUCCACAGACCGCAGACCCGGUUCAGGAACCUGCUCCUCAUUGCCGCAGUGUGGACCACGGCCCUGGCCAUCUCUGUCCCAGAGAUGGUCUUUGUCAAGGUCCACCAGACCUCAGAGGGCGUGUGGCACUGUUAUGCGGAUUUUGGCGGGCAUGCGACCGUUUGGAAGCUCUACCUGCGCUUCCAGCAGAACCUGCUGGGGUUUCUCUUGCCACUCUUGGCCAUGGUCUUUUUCUAUUCCCGCAUUGGCUGUGUUUUGGUCAGGCUGAGGCCGCCAGGCCAGGGCCGGGCUCUGAGGAUGGCCGCAGCCCUGGUGGUAGCUUUUUUCCUGCUCUGGUUCCCGUACAACCUCACCGUGUUUCUGCACUCGCUCUUGGACCUGCACGUCUUCGGGAACUGCCAGAUCAGCCACUCUCUGGACUACGCGAUGCAGGUGACGGAGAGCCUGGCCUUCUUCCACUGCUGCUUCACGCCCAUCCUCUACGCCUUUUCCAGCUGCCGCUUCCGGCAGUAUCUGAAAGCUUUCCUGGCUGCCGUGCUGAGAUGGCACCGGGACCCUGGCCCUGCCCAGGCCCUGCCAUCUAGCCAUUCGGAGAGCAGCAGGGUUACUGCCCAAGAAGAUGUGGUCAGCAUGAAUGACCUGGGAGAGAGGCAGGCUGAUGACUCCCUUAGCAAGGGGCAUACGGGGACUGAUUAGGCCUGAGUGGCCAUGCCAUUCUAGAAAGAACACCGCUCCCUCUCAGGGCCUCGCAUGACCGCACUGCUUGGCCUGGUGGUUCUCAGCCACUAGCUGUCCUUGCUCACAGUUGCCUCUUCCUCCGGCUCCCAGGACCCCAUGCUGUCUGCUGAUUCACUGCUAUAGUCUCCAUGAUCUUUGCUUCUGUGGCUUCCUGGGCCCCCAGCAGCCAGUAAGGUCAUUCUACUCGGGCUUCAAGGGCUUUGUGACCAGCCUAUGAUCUCAUCUCUGCCAUGCUCCCUAGUUCUGGGUGCAGGGCUCCCUAGUCUCCCCUUGUGUUUCCGGAGCAUUCCAGGCUCAUCCCAGUAGGGAGGGUUCAGCUAUGCCACCUGCCUGGACAGUCUUACCCUUGGGGAGCGAUGGCUCAUUCCUUUGUUCUUGGGGUCAUGGUUCAGAUUUCACCAUGUUGGUGAGGGGCCCCAUGCUCACCCUACUUCAUGCCCUGUCUGCAUCCCCGAUGCUCUAGACCGUUUGCAUCUGCCCUGACCACUUACAGCCAGUCAACGGACUUUUCCCGUUUGUGGCGUCCACUCGUUACUGCCUUAAGCCCACCACCCCGCAGAGCUGCGGAGGAAGGCUCUUACUGCGUGGUCACAGCUGCACUCAAACCCGUGCCACGGAAGGAGGUGUCUGUGGAGUGUGGGUGACGAGUUCUUUCUCUGCGGCAUUUUUGGGAAGAGCCACAGGCACUCUACCCACUGGGGACCUUUCCUGUGUAACUCAGAGGGGUCUACACCUUCCUGCCCUUGACAUUAGUUCCAGAGCUGUCGUCUGAAGGCACUGGAGGUGCCCCACUCGGAGAACAGCACAGCAGGGGCCCCUCUGCCAGGAGAAAGGCAGGAACCGUCCCAGCUCGGGCCUGAUCUCGGGACCUUCAGUCUUUCUGGGGUCUGUCAGUCAAGUUCAAGGCUUUCUCUGAACUUUCUGAAAGACCUGCUGGGGAGAAGGCAGCCCCUCAACACAUCCUGCUGGGAAAACUGGGUGUACACAUGUGGGAGAUUAAAACAAGAUCCUAUCUCUCAUCCCGUACGAGAGCAGCUAAAAAUGGAUCAAAGACUCGGUAGACCUAAAGCUUUGAUCUGAGGGAUAAGCACAGGGAAACAACCAAGACAUCAUCAGAGGCAAGGACUUUCUGAGCAAAGUUCCACUACCCCAAGAAACACAGGCAGGAACUGAUUGCAUGAAGUUGCAUGGCAUUAUAGUCUCCAAGGCACAGGGGCAAUGGUCAGGAAAAAAAGGCGGCUUCACCCGUCUAUUUAACCCAGCCUACUUUUACCUAAAUGGGGCCAAUAUCCAGACUGCACAGGGGGCUGAGAAAUUGACAAGGUCAAAUAAUCCAAUAAAAAAAUAUGGGUGAGCUAUCUGAACAGGCAUUUCUCGAAAGAAAAGAUGCUCAAUAAACACAUGAAAGCCA